GUAAGAGCUGGCGUUGAGAAUAAUAAGGGAACUAAACAAAGAGAAACAUCCCGUCUCGUGUUCGGAAGGGAGAGGGAGAGAGAGAAAGAGAGAAAUGGGGGGAAGAGUUACUUGACCGCGAUCAUCCUCUGUGUGUGCUUCGCCGCCGCUUUCCUACCUCCUUCUGCGGCCUUCCAAUCCGACGAGCUUCUUGUUGACGACGAGGAGUUUGAGGGAGUGAAGCCUUCCGAGCCGGAAUACCCUGCCUCGGCCAGAUCCUCUGGUUCAUCGGCGAGGCGGAAGGUGGACAGGGACGCUGCCGCCGCGGACUCGAAAGUCCAGUUUACUCUAGAGCACGCGCUCGGAAGCGAUGGCAGUUUCUUGCCCGCCGGGAUCUUCACGGCCCGCCUCAAGACCUCCAGCCACGGCGGACAGAUUCUUACCAAGCUUCGCUUCUCAAGAAAUGCUUUAACUGAGAAAGAAAAGGAAAUUUUCCAAGAGCUUCUGGAGAAGGAUGACUUUUAUCAGAUCAGAGUACCAUCUAACGUACUGAAUCCUGGGGAAAAUUAUGUUGUCUCGUCUGUCAAAGCUAGAUGCCUUCCUCGUCUGGAAUUGGAAGAGCAUUUUGUUAUCCACAUGGAAGGUGUCAAUGUUCUAGCUGUUAAUUAUGGUUCACCAAGCUCAUGCCCUUAUCCUCGGAUACUGAAACUGCCAUCGAAGUGGUCUUUCAACUCACAUGCAGUCCUGAAGAACGGCGAUAUGGCUCCAAGAAAACCAUUAUUCUCUGAGGAAGCACUAAGAGAUGAGAAUGGUGAUGGCGAAGGAGUUAAGCCACUAGAGAGAUCAUUUUGGUCAAAAUAUUGGAUGUACUUAAUCCCUCUCGGACUCAUAGUAAUGAAUGCCAUAACUCAAGCCAUGAAUAUGGCAGAGGAACCGGCAGCAGGUGCUUCUGGACAAUCAGCUUCCCAGCCACUUCCAUCAGCAACUCAACGUGCAGCCAACCCAGGUGUUCGUAGGAGAUGACGAGAUGAAAUAUUUCCUAGUUGCUGCAAUUACAAGUGGAUUUUGCUGUUUAUUGUACUUUGUACUUGUUUUGCCUACUGAAAACCAUUAAUCGAAAGUUCAAUCUCUCUCUCUC